GGAGCGGCAGAGUCAUCCGGAACUCCGCGGAAACGAGUCGCGACUUAGACUCGGGGAAAAAAGAAAAAAAAGAAAACGCAUUCCCGCGGAAACGUGGAAACGUCCAUUGGCGGAAAGGAAGGAUAUAGGAGGCUAAAGGGAUUCGUAGACUAAACUUAAACAUUUAAAAUGAACUUACGGUCGAGUUAAAAGGGAGAAACAAAUGUGCCUUGUCGAUUUUAAGGUGAUAAGGUGGAAACGACCUUCAGUGCUGCGAGGAGAGAAAUUUGCCGAAGGAGGAUAUUACGCUGAAGGUUUUGAAAAAUGCAUUUUGGAGCUUAAGAAGAUGAUUUUACGCUAGGAAGAGGUUACGUCGACCUUGGGGAAACGCUCUCCAGGUUUCCUGAUAACGUUAUCCGGGCUUGAAUGGGAUUUCUUUUAUGUUCAUCUCGUUAUAUAAAUGUGAUUUUUCAAAAUAAAGAGUAUGUGAGGAGGAGGAGGGACGAGAGGGGGACUUUCGAGGAGGAAAAAGAACGAGAUUUAUGAUCCUUGAGGACGGAAGUGGAAAUUGAAGGAUAUUUUAUCUCGGAUCGAAAACUCCAUUCGAUAUCCUGGACGUCGUCUUCGAGAAGAGAGGUCUCUCGAAGGAUCGACCUCGAGGACUACGUGCUGCUCCGGAAGUUAACUUCCGAGAAGCCUUUAGCUCAGGAAUAAAAAUAGAACACGGUCGAGUCCUGCGCAAGGAUACUCAACGUAUGAAUAUCUUCGAGGCGAGGUUUAAAAUUUAUAUAGAGGAAAACCAGGACUGCACUUUGGCUUAGGCGAAUCCCCCGGAAGAAGCUUCCUUCGGAAAUACGAGAAAAGUCGGAAAAGCCGAGGGGACUUCGUCUGUAUUAAAUACAGAUGGCAUUUUGCGAAAAGUGAUUCCGAUCUUCUGGGAUAAAACUUCGAGAAGCUUCGAAACGAGGCUGGGGAAAUAAAAAUAGACGCUCGUCUUAUGUAAGGAUACGUGGAAAUUGAAGUAAAAUUGCGACGUUCGAUGCGUAAAUUCAACGGAAAGGAAACGACGGUUAACGAGGGAUUUAAUUCUAAUGACUUUGUACAAGCUGGGCUCCCUGCGAAUAAACAGGGAAAUAUUGGGAAAGAAAUAUGUAAGAGUUCACGCGGCGCUGGGGAACGGCGGCCAUCUUGGAAAUCGUGGACGGACGCGGAGUAGCUUUUCUUUUGCAAGAAACAACCGAGAAAUAGAACGCAUCGAGUGCGAGAUACGACAGGAGAAUAUGAGUUAUAUCCUCGUUUGCAUCCUCGAAGAAGGAAACCACGUAUAUUUCAAGCGGAUAAGAAGAUGCGAUCACUUUUGACGAGCCAUUGUCGCGUCUCGUCGCCGGCGAAGUGCUCGAGGGCGUCCUUGCAAGUUUCGGACCCAAUUUUCUCGGCAAUUUUUUAGAAAGGUUUAGAGGGCGUCACUGGGAGUGGUUUUUAAUAUUUAUUAACUAGACUAAGAGGAGAAUCGGAAGAGCAAAAUGGAUUCCAUAAGGGACUUGAAGAGGCUUCUCUACGAGCGAACCGAGGCUCUUCGUCGGCGCGACGAGACCGUGGAGACUCUGGAGAAGACCCUGGAAGAAAAAGAGGCGACGAUUCGCCAUCUGAGGAACGAGAUCGACAAGUUUCGACAGAUCGUAGAAUUCGGGAUGUCCUCGGGUCCCUUGGGACCCGAACAGAGGUCCAAAAGACAAGCCAUAUCCGCGGAGCCCUUGAAGAACGACUCCGUCCCCGUUCCGAAAUUCGGGAAACCUCAGAGGUCUCGGGAGCUCAUCAAGGGCGCCAUCCUGGACAAUGACUUCAUGAAGAACCUGGAGUUGACGCAGAUCCAUGAAAUCGUGGACUGCAUGUAUCCCGUCAGCUUCCCCGCUGGGUCCAUCAUCAUCCGCGAGGGAGAUGUCGGCUCCAUCGUCUACGUCAUGGAGAAGGGCAAGGUGGAGGUCUCGAGGGACGGCAAGUACUUGAGCACCCUGGCUCCUGGGAAGGUCCUUGGGGAGCUGGCGAUCCUUUACAAUUGCAAGAGGACGGCUACUAUCACUGCUGCCACGGACUGCCAAUUGUGGGCCAUAGAUAGACAAUGUUUCCAGACUAUCAUGAUGAGGACCGGCCUGUCUCGGCAGGCCGAAUAUACAGACUUUCUCAAAAGUGUUCCGAUUUUCAAGAAUCUGCCGGAGGAGACUCUCAUCAAGAUCUCCGACGUGUUGGAAGAGACGUUCUACAACAAUGGCGAUUAUAUUAUCAGACAAGGAGCACGAGGGGAUACCUUUUUCAUUAUUAGUAGAGGCCAAGUGCGCGUGACGAUUAAACAACCUGACACUAUAGAGGAGAAGUACAUCAGGACCUUGGGCAAGGGUGACUUCUUCGGGGAGAAGGCUCUUCAAGGGGACGACCUGAGGACGGCCAACAUUGUUGCUGACGACCCAGAAGGAGUCAGUUGUCUGGUCAUCGACCGGGAGACCUUCAAUCAGCUGAUCUCCUCCCUAGACGAGAUUAGAACAAGAUACAAGGACGAGCUCGUCGAGCGCAGAAGGUUGAACGAGGAAUUCAGAGAGCUUCGACUAAACGACCUGAGGCCGUUGGCUACUCUAGGUGUAGGUGGGUUCGGCAGGGUAGAGCUGGUGCAGAUCGCAGGAGACGGCUCCAGGUCGUUCGCCCUGAAGCAGAUGAAGAAGGCGCAGAUCGUCGAGACCCGACAGCAGCAGCACAUCAUGUCCGAGAAGAGGAUCAUGGGCGAGGCCGACUGCGACUUCGUCGUGAAGCUCUUCAAGACCUUCAAGGACAGGAAGUACCUGUACAUGCUGAUGGAAGCCUGUCUCGGUGGAGAACUCUGGACCGUCCUGAGGGACAGGGGACACUUCGACGACGGCACCACCAGGUUUUACACGGCUUGUGUCGUCGAGGCCUUCGACUACCUGCACUCCAGGAACAUCAUCUACAGGGAUCUCAAGCCGGAGAACUUGUUGCUCGAUAGUCACGGGUACGUCAAGCUGGUGGAUUUCGGAUUCGCGAAGAGACUGGAGAACGGGAAGAAGACCUGGACCUUCUGCGGCACUCCGGAAUACGUCGCCCCGGAGGUGAUCCUCAACAAGGGCCACGACAUCAGCGCCGAUUACUGGUCCCUGGGAGUCCUCAUGUUCGAGCUCUUGACCGGAACACCUCCGUUCACCGGCGCCGACCCCAUGAAGACUUACAACAUCAUCCUCAAGGGAAUCGACGCCAUCGAGUUCCCCAGGACCAUCACGCGCAACGCCACCGCGCUCAUCAAGAAACUCUGCAGGGAUAAUCCAGCGGAGCGUCUAGGUUACCAGAAAGGCGGCAUCAGUGAAAUUCAGAAGCACAAAUGGUUCGACGGGUUCAACUGGGAGGGACUCAGGGCGAGAACUCUGGAGCCUCCUAUUAUGCCAAGAGUCCAGGGUGCCACUGAUACCGCAAACUUUGACGAGUACCCACCGGACUCGGAUCCACCUCCUCCGGAUGACACCUCCGGCUGGGACAAUGACUUUUAACCCCAGAGUCCUUUUCGCGUCCUCGAGACGGCGAGGUAUUAUCCGAUGGUGCGAUAGGUUCAAUUGGGAUGAGCCGAGUGUCGGGACGCCCUGGAGUAGUUGGACGUGUUUUUCCACUCCUGGGCAUCGUCGACGUCGGGGAUUUCUCUACGAAGGUCCUCCGGGCGAAGACCAUCACCGGGGACCAACUUCUCUUAAUUCAACGCCCUCGUGUCGAGGCGGGGAUUUUAUUCCUGUGGACGGCCUCGUGGUUAACCCGAGAAAUCGCGACGGUCCUCGGCAGGCUGAUCUCUCGACUCGACGAUGUACAAUCUUAAUUUCUAACCACGCUGAUAAGGAAAUUGACGCGAAGAGCUAUGCCGGCAAGAUGAGACGUUUUUAACGGCUGCGAAGUUACUAAAUUGUAUAAAAGGUUUGUGCAAUAUGGCGUCUCACCGCGCUCGAGUAUGUCGACCUUGCGACUCUGUUGGAAUAUUGUAACGAUAUUGUGCAAUAUAAUCGUACCGAUAGUUAUAUCGCGAGAAUGUUGAGAUGUUCGGCAGUUACUGUUUAAAAAGAAAAAGAAAGGAAAAAAGGCAUCGCUACAAAGCUGCGGCCAGUAAUAUCGAGUUAAUCUUGCUUCGUGGCGAUCUUAACCCUUCCCUGUUUUAUCAAAUUUGUACAUAUCGAAACUGUUUUGCGGCAAUUUUUUUUAUUGAUAUCGUAACGAGGAGCGACCAGUGUUUCGAGUUGUACGGGUCGAGGGCUCGGGCUUAUUCCGACUAGGGAAAUUUUCUCGUGAAGACGUCCCUCCCGAACGACCCGCUGAUGCGUUUUUCCCCCAGGAGUUCCGUCCUCCUCUCGAGGACGAGCUGGGAGUCGACGAUCCGUACUUACGUCGGGCCGCAGGUGGAGGGACGUUUCCACUCGGAAUUCCGAAGCGACGGAUGAGGGCGAGAUUUUUAGAUUUUAUAUAAAUAUAUAAAUAUAUAUAUAUAAAUAUAUUUUCGCACGAUAAACGCGCGAGCCGCGAGUGCCAUUUUCCCCCAGAUGCGGUUCCAGGCGAAGACCCGACUUUCGCCCUCCAUAUUCGCCGACGAGGCGCGUGAGCCUGCUAAAUUAAUUGUUGUUUGAUCCAUUUUAUAGUUUAUUAUGACAAUUCUAUUUUAAUUAUACGAGAAAAUGUGUAAAUAAAUCAAUAUACAUACGUGAAGCGUG